ACAUUUUUUUCUCCAUGACCUAAACUAUUUUCUGCUUCAGGAUGGAGGUUUUUUCAGCCCUGCUGCUCUUGCUGAUACUAGCAGAAUCAUGCACGUCAGGAGAGGAUCUGCAAGUGUUUCUGCAAGUAGAGGGAGAGUCCUUCAGAGCUAACUGCUCAUAUGACAUGCACGACAGUUUACAUAAGAUGAAAUUCUGGUGCAAAGAGCUGUCAGAGAAAUCUUGUCCAGUCUUAGCCUUGAGUUCCCCUUUAACAGAAAGGAUGAACCUUAACCAUGCCCUGCAUCGUUCAAUUGACCUGACAGACAUUGGACGUGGAUGGAUUUCUGUGAUCAUGAGAGCACUUCGAAGAGACGACUCUGGCAUAUACCAGUGCGGGGUGUGGGGUGAUCUGCAGAAUAUUCUACUGCAAAGAAUACAGAUGGUGGUUUCAGGUGAAGAACCUGUAAAGCUUUUUGCAAAAAAAGGGAGCUCCCUGUCCCUCCACUGCUCUUAUUCCAUGAUAGACAACAUCAGAAAACUUCAAUAUUUUACUUGGUGCAAAAUGGUAACCCGAAUUAGAUGUCAACCUAUUAUCAGAGGUAACUCUGAUCAAAGUAUUCUUAAAGUAGGAAGGACUGAGAUGAUGAAUGACUUCUCGUGGAAAAUGAUUAGAGUGCGUCUGAAAAAGCUCCAGUUUAAUGACUCAGGAGAAUAUCAUCUUGAGAGCCAUUUCCAGGGGAGAAACAAACCAUUGAAGAGGAUCAUGCUGGAAGUUUUGGGAGAAAAUUGGAAUUUGGAUGCAGAUUUGGAGGCCAUUUCAUUUCCCACUACAAAGUGGGGGACUGCCAAGCCCACAGAUGACAGCAAUACGGACCAGAGGAAUCUUUAUGCUCUCCUGGUACUGAGUUCCUUCCUGGCCACAACUGCUCUGAUUGCUACUGUUACACUCCUUGCCACCACUUACAUCAGAAGGAAAAGGGCAGGAAAAGGGAUGGACUUCGGCAGACAUCCUGCUUUCAGACAAGCAGUGCUGCAGAAGGAUAGAAUAAACAAAACAAGUAGAAUGCCAGACAGGAAACUGAAGGACAAUACAGUAUAUGCUGUGAUAAGGCAUCAACCUCAACUAAAGCCUGAAGAUGUUAUAUACGUCAACACCCAACCUUCCCCAAAAGUUUUCUUCCACCUUCAAGAAUCACCAGGCAACUCAGUUUCCUCAGGGCCUGUGGAAUACGCUACCAUUAUAUUUAGAGCCACAACUUCUCAUUCUGGAACUGCGGAAGAAACAAACAGGUCCACCUAAACAAAGCUAUAUGAAGCCUUGCACUUAUUCAUAAACUUUUCCUGAGAAGUGCUUAGAAACAAGCCAUCUGUAAGCAAUUGUAAGCAAUAUAAAUGGGGUAUGAGGCAAAAGGCAGCAUAAAGG